ACUAUGAGCUCUACCUCCUUGUCUUGGUGCAGCGAUGAGAGGAGACGACACCGCGGAUGUGCUAUAAAACCGUUUGUUAGACCUGAGAUAUUUUACUGUCAGCAGGAAGCCUGGUGAGCCCGUAAAUUCCUGCUGUUUUCAUCGAGGAUAGAAAAUAUCUGUGUUGGAGGGGAACCUGAGCAGGCCGAGGGAGACGGACGGAGGGGGGGCCGGGGGGGCUUUAUCGGCCCGCUGCAGUCUGAAUCACCGGAGACUCGCCCCACCGCUGGUUAGUCACCGACGUCGUUUGUCUGUGGACCUGCGCAUCCUCUCAGAAGAGGGCACCGGGAAGGGACGGGAAAAAGCCCGUGUUUGACCCUCUGCCGCAGCCCGAGGCGCGCUGCUUGGCAGGGUUAUGCUAAAGAAUGAGCCAAAGGGACACACUGGUUCAUUUGUUCGCUGGAGGAUGCGGUGGUACAGUGGGCGCCAUUUUGACUUGUCCUCUGGAAGUGGUGAAGACCAGACUUCAGUCCUCUUCCAUCACUCUCUACGUCUCUGAAGUUCAGCUUAGCACCGUCAAUGGAACCAGUGUUGCCCGUGUUUCUCCACCGGGGCCUCUGCACUGCCUCAAGUUGAUUCUAGAGAGAGAGGGACCUCGUUCACUCUUCAGAGGACUGGGUCCUAACCUUGUAGGUGUGGCACCUUCCAGGGCGAUAUAUUUUGCGGCCUACUCAACAGCCAAGGAGAAGCUGAAUGGGGUGCUGGAGCCAGACUCUACCCAGGUCCAUAUGGUGUCUGCUGGGAUGGCAGGGUUCACCGCCAUCACAGCUACCAAUCCCAUCUGGCUGAUUAAAACCCGCCUACAGCUGGACUCCAGGAACCGGGGUGAGAGGCGCAUGAGUGCUUUUGAGUGCAUACGGCGGGUGUACCAGAUGGAUGGCUUACGAGGUUUCUACAGAGGUAUGUCAGCCUCGUACGCUGGCAUCUCUGAGACUGUUAUCCAUUUUGUCAUCUAUGAAACUAUCAAACGAAAACUGCUGGAGUACAAGGCUCAGGCCAGCAUGGACGAAGAAGACGAAUCUGUCAAAGAUGCCUCAGACUUUGUGGGCAUGAUGCUUGCAGCAGCCACCUCCAAGACCUGUGCGACCUCCAUCGCCUAUCCUCAUGAGGUGAUCCGCACACGACUACGAGAGGAAGGCAGCAAGUACCGCUCCUUCUUCCACACUUUGCUGACGGUACCCAAAGAAGAGGGGUACCGGGCGCUGUAUCGUGGCCUAACCACUCACCUCGUGAGACAGAUUCCCAACACUGCCAUCAUGAUGUGCACCUAUGAGGUGGUGGUCUAUCUACUUGGCUGUUAGCCCAUUGUGAAUGUCUCUGCUCUGUUUAAACAGGGAGACAUUAGUAUAUGACUGAGAAAGAUGACCUUUUUCUGGAAACGGUGGCUAUGAAACGUCAAAAUGAAGAUUAAAGGAAACCCGAAGACACUCGUGUGGACCAGAAAAUGACAAAUGGAGGGAAAAAAGAAAUGAAGAGAGCGAUAGGGCGAACAGCCCUCUGGUACCAUAUCAGCAUCAUCCCCACCAGUUCCCUUUGUUAGACUGUGGAAACAGAUAUAGAAUACAGUUCAGAGGAGGUAAUGUGGCUAGAAAGAGUUAGGAGGCACUGACAGGAAAGUCACAGAGACAGUUUGGCACCUUUUUAAAACUGUCAACCACAGGUGUUUAAGCAGUGUUCUGUGGCCUUAACAGAAAGGAUUUGGUUGGUAUCCGCUUUAAAUGAAGAAUAAAAAAAAGAGUUUUCCAUUCUUAUAGAGAGACCGUGGGAGGAGAAUGCUUGGAGGUAACUGAACUUGACAGUACAGAGGAAAACUAAAUGUUAGGUACCUUUGCGCAAUCCAAAACUCUGCUUGGUAUGUUUUAUUCUUCACUAGUCUGCACUUGCCUCAGUGCUGUGUGACCUCUGGUGUGAUUAACUGACUAGCAGCUGAGGCGAGAUGUCAGAAGGAAAGGUGCAUUUGAGGCAAAGACGUCACCUGAGCCACACAUCGUUGCACUACAGAGAGUUUGGCUUCAAGCAUUCUCCUCUGAUGGCCCCUAGAGGGCCUGAAUCUCAUACACAAACUGGCCAAAUACAAUGAAACACAAUGAUGAGCUUGUUAUAGUGACUGUCACUUGACACUAGCUGGUAUUGAUGAAGACUAUAUUGAAACGCUGGCUUCCAUUCAGUGUUUCAUUCCUCUAUAACUCAGUUCCUGGUGGUGACAUGGUUUUGCUGAAGUUGGCCUUCAUUGUUUCAGUGUUGCUUGUUUGUCUCCAUUUUUCACAACAGCUACCAAGCUAAAUUUUAUGAAACUUGUUAAAUUUGGGUGUGGAUCUGGAUCACUUUCUUUAAAACUGUGGGAUUAAGUAUUGAGCGGUCUUGCUAGUGCACCACUUGCACUGCACAAAAGCUGAAAUUUGAUAGUUUCCAAGGCCAGUUUCUGUCUCUGGUUACUGCUUAGGGCUUAAAACUUGUGGUUAAAAACACAAGACUAAUACAUCCUGUUUCAAAUGUGAAGCAUGCAGUGAUCCAAAAGGUACCAAGAAUCUUCUAUUAGCAUUGCUACUUGAAUAUAAUGUGACGGUUGGGGAAAUAUUGGAGUGGGAGCAGAGUGGUGGAGUUUUAUCACCCCAUAGCCUGUUUGUAUGUGAGCGUGUCUUUAUGUGCGUGUGUGUUUGUGUGUGUGUAUGUGUCGAACAAGUUACAUGAUCCGUGUGUCCAUGCAUUUGGAGUCCCGUGUGCCGGCAUGUGUAAUAAACAAUACCUACUCCAGAUCUCCCGCCACUAACUAUUAAUCCUGCAGGACGCUGGUUUGGAGUAUGGAGAAGCUCCAUUAUGAUACUGAUGGCUUUCAUUCCCACUCUCAUGCCAGUACUUGCUUCCAGUGGCUUCCAGCUGACCCGAUAACAUGCACUUUUUUGGCCUUUUAGGCUUGUGCUUUGCAUUUUAUUGUGUGGACAGGUUCAAAUUGUACAUUAUAAAAGAAAAAAAAAGUAUUACUGUAUAUCAAAAUGGUAUUUUGCGCAACUGUUCCUAGAGCAGAGCUAUUGUACAGUUUAGACUUUUCAGUAGUUGUGAAGGACGUCCACGUUUGUAAAUAAUAUAGAUACUGUGUAUGCAUAUCAAAUGUUUAGUUUUUUGGUUUUUUUCCCUCCUUAGGUGCGUUUCUGAUCAUGCUGUAGUUUGCAUUGGCAAAUGAUUGUUUUCAUGGCUUUGACAUGAAUAUUGAUAUUGCUUGACUGAUUUAUUUUUUUUCCUUGUGUUCGUAUGUUGUUCUAAGCUGUCGUGCAAAAAUAUGCUUACAUGAAGCUUGCAAAAGCUGCACAGCCAAUACAAAAUGUAAGCAUAUGAGCCACAGUAUUGGUUUGUUGUUCAACGUGUUCCAGUUUGCAAAGUUUGGAUGUUUGUCAUUUGGUCUGUUUAUGUUGUUUCGUGCUUUCUGUCAGAUUUAGUUUGGUUCUCCUCACAAUUUGUUUAGAAUAUUAAAAUAGAAGUUAAUUUAUUGUGAGUUCAAGAACUGGAAUCAUCUGUCUGUGACGGUAUCAUUGCUGCGUAGGAUGGUUACAAAUCUGUUACAGGCUGAAGUUACCCAUUUAACUGACCACUUUAAGAAGUUCAUGUAAAGAAUUACCUUUUUGGCAAAAUUCUGACACUUUUUUUUUUUUUUUAAUUCUAUUUAAGCACUAACUAAAAUUUCCCUUAAAUACACAAUUGUGAUUUUUUUUUUCUUUUAAUAAAGUACUUUGUGUUUCUCUAAAGUAUUAUGUUUCUUCAGUUGAAGAAAAUCUGAUUCACUCAUUUUCUCCCCCUGAGUUUUAGUAUCAUUUCAGAGGCAAACUGAGGUGUUGUAAGUCAUAAUAGUUAUUGAUUUUUUUUUUUUCAGUCUCCACUGACAAGUUAUAAAACCCAUCCUAUUAAUGUUUCUAAUAAAAACACAAAAUAUCUAACCAAUUUUAACAUCCAUGUCUUCCCUGUAAAACACUAACGACUGUUUUUCUUUAGCUCUGUUGCAGUAAUACCUGAGGUCAAAUUACCAAAGUGUGACAUGAACAGACAACUGGACAAACAGUGCAAACAUUUACAUUUUGUUACCUCUCAUUUCAGUAGUUGUAUGCAAAUUAUUGUCUUUAGCCUGUAUGCUUGGUCAGGAUGCAGACUCAAGCUGGAUUCACAGAAACCCUGAAGAUUGUUGUUUGCCAGCUCAGUCAUGAAAGUGUUUUUGUUUUUUAAAACAAAAGUAAAUAAAAGUCCAUUUGCAACUAAA